UUUAAAUAUCAAGAAUUGAAUAUUAAAAGUGAAAAAAAAGAAAAGAAAAAAGGAAUAGAUUUUAUUUAGGAAAUUUAGAAAUUAACCCCCAAAACUACAAGCCCUAGUUUUUGUUCGUCUGUCUCUCGACUCUCUCUCUUCCCUCUCGACUCCGCCGCCGGCGCCGCUGCCCCGCGCCGGCCCGUCGCCGCCCACCCUCGCUGCUGCCUCGCGCCGCUGCCGCCCACCCUCGCUGCGUCUCAUCUCCUCCCCAAAUCUCUCUCUCUCUUCGCGAUCUCUCCCUCUUUGAGAGAUAGUCGCCGCCGCUGCCGAGGCUAGUUCUGGCCAUAGAAGCGCGCCCCCCUCUGUCCUCCACGGCCGCAGCAACGUCAGCCACCAAGCUCGUCGCACUUCCCUCGUCUCCCUCUUAAUCUCCUCUCUCUCUGACUCAAAUGCACGCACACCACACCGCCCCUGAAAUCCUAGAUCUAUAAUCUACAGCCACCUCCCUGUCGAUUCCCGUCGACCACACGGCGGGAAGGCCGCCGCCUCCGAGCGCAGCCCAAAGCCCCCUCUUCUCUCCAUACUCCGGCGACAACAGCGGCUCCUUGCCGCCGCCGUGCCCUAGCUUCAAUUUUCGGCAGCGACACCGUCUGGCGAACGACCCUGUAUACGGAUGCUUUUGGGCGAAUCGAUGUUUUGAUUGAAAUGCCAGCAUCAGAGGGUUAGAUAAUUUGAAGGAGAAGAGGCAUUUCUUCUGCAAGAGAAUGAAGAAUUUGAUGAAUAAAUGCAGCACUGAUUGUGGGUACUGGAAAUUAAGUGGCAAAUGCAAGCAAAUUAUGGCUGCGUUCAACCAAUGUUGUAGCAUCCUGAGCAUGUUCAACAUUUGAUUUUAGUAGGGCCUGCUGGAUUCACAUCUGAAACAGAACACAGGUCUGAGUGGCUUACUCGAUUUAGAGCAACAUGGAAAGGUGCCAUUUUAAAUCAUCUCUGGGAGUUUAAUUUUACACCUCAGAAGAUAGUAAGGUAUUUGUUAUUUUCCUUAUAAACUCUGUAAAAGUAAAACUAAUACGCUAGAACUAUGAUAAGCUCUAUGCUUCUCUCCCUCUUGAAUUGUUUUGUUUGUUACACCUUUGCUAAGUUCUUUAAACUUGCUUUGAGCCAUGAUUUACAAUCACAACAUCUAGCCCUAGAAACUAUUUAAUUUUCUAGUGAUGUGGGCCGCAAUUAAAUGUAAUGGAACCUAGCUGCUCUACAUGUGCCGAUGUGCGUGUGCUUAUUGGGUAUACCUUGCAAAUCGAGAUCAUAGAACAUGUCAUAUUUCACUUUAAUCAAGUGUACACUUGGCAACCAGGAAUACCAAGGUUCAAAUAUUGAGAGGUGAAAUUUGUAGCAUGCCUGUUUCUUUGGGAUAUCAUGAGUCAUCAUGUCUGAUAAUAUCAGAAUAUUCAUGUGGCUGUGAAAAGUAAUUUCUUUUGUCUAUACACGUGUUCCUUGUUAAUCUUGCCAAGGCUUAUUUUAAGAGUUUGAGUACUCAUAGCCCCACUUAUGUGAAGGAUGAUUUCCCUGCCUAUUAUGCUUCCUAUUUUGUUUAGAAAUCUCUUCAUUGACUGUCACUUUCCCCAGCCUGAGAUGCUUGGUAAUCAAGUUUCUGUGUUUACCAUGAUUGUACUGAAUUUUGAUGUCUACUGCAACUUUCCCCUGCCUGAGAUGCUUGGUAAUCAUCGACUUUCUUUUUCGAAUAACUCUACUGCUUGAAUGCCUUAAACCAGGCAUUUAGCUUGAUUAAACGGCUACCAUUCAGCAUUUAGUUUGAUUAACUCUGAUAGGCAUUUAGUUCCUUAAUAAAUCAACAUUUAGAUUUAUUAAGGCAUUUAGUAAAUAUGCUUGAUUUGCAGCAUUUAGAACCCUAAUAUUAAUGCAGCAUUUAGUAUAUCAGGCAUUUAGUUCUAUAUCAGUCUUGGUUCUAUAUAAACCUUAGUAUGUCAGCAUUUAGUUCUAUAUCAGCAUUUAGUUAUAUAUCAGCAUUUAGUAUAUAUCAGCCUUAGUAAAUAUAGCUCUGUAAUAAAUCUAAAAUAUGCUUGAUUUGCAGCAUUUAGAACUCUGAUAUAACUUCUACCAUUCAGACAAAGUUUUGGAUUGAAUGCAGCUCAUCAGUUCUUAAAAAAAGUGAUUAGGGAUCCUUAAGGGAGGUCUUAGUAGAAAUAGGAUAUCUAAUUAUUUUAGUCUAAAUGUACUCAUUCAUGUAGGCUAUUAUUUUGAUGUAUGAUGGCCUUUUGUAUUCAAUUGCUUCGAAUAAGUUUUGAUUUACAUGUUAUGAAAUGGAUGAGGAUUAGCACAGAAAGGCCAAUGAUGCUUCUUCCCUCAACACGGAGUCGAAUCACGAGGUUCGUGUUUCUUCCUUCCUGCAGCAUCUAAUGCCUUUGAUCAAAUUAGUUUUAGAGUUCACUGAUUGCCACUAGCUUAUGCUAAACUGAUUGACUGUCAUAAUAUAUCUGCAUACUGUGUGAUUUGAUGGUGGUUGAAGUUAUGGAAGUGGAAGUUCCAACAAUUUUUAUCAAGUUUCAAUUGGGUUGUAAAUAACUUCGUAGUUAAGCUUAACCAGGUUAAGAUGUUUUGGUUUCACUUUGUUUAGUUUUAUCAUAGGCUGUUUCCUCAUGUGUUUAUUUCUCUCUUGACUUUUUGGAUGAUAUAAUUAAGGGGUGAACUUAUAAGCUCCUUAACAAUUUUUAUAAGUUGUGAAAAUAAGUUCUAACAUUUUCUCCUAAAAAGUAAAUUGCGUAAUAUCAAUCUCAAUCCCAAUUUUAUCUCUAGCUUAUAAACUUCAUAAUAUAGAAUACUUGACAACUUAUAAACUCUUAAGACAUUAAGUUUUACUUUUAGCUAUUUUUGGAAAUAUUGGUUGAUUUGAGAUGUAUUUAUUUUCUAAUUCCUCCCUUUUGUCUCAAAACUAUAUGAACUAAUGUUCUAACUUCUCAAUCUUUCUUGAACUAAUUUUAAUUGCAAUUCUUUUCAAAUUUGGCUAUUAAAGAUAAGUACUCUUGUAUUUAUGUCAAGUUACAAUUUAAGACAGACUUAUAGUAUCAGAUUUUCUUUUGGUAAUUGUUUUAAUUUUCACUUUCACUUGUACAAAUCUUAAUAUUUACAUCAUUUAUUUCAUUGCAUUAUUAAUAUGAAUUGUUAAAGUUGACUUUACGGAAAUAAUAGUUUAGUGCAGUAGACAUUGUCUUAUUAUUCCAUUUUAUAUCCCAUUGAUCAGAUUAUGCCAGGUUGAUAAAUAAUUAAUUUGUCCGUAGGUUCAGUUGUUGGAGUAAUUAUCUUUUAAGUAUCGAAGAAAAUUUAUUUAAAGACCUACUUCAGGUAAACAGUAUGUAGGGUCUGUAGGCUAAAGGACUAAUAAUUUCAUAUGCUUUACUGAAAAAGUAUAUAUCUUCUUGGAUAAAAAAUAAAUUAGUAAUUAUGUUGCUAUAAAAUUGGCUGCACACUUGGGCAAUGCAUUGUUCUCUUUAAGCUCUCAUGCUUGUGGCCACGAUCAUGCUCACUUUUUCUAUGGUCUGCUAUGAUUCCAAUAACUGCUUGCUCAGGGAAGAAAAGACAGAGAUAUGAACUAGUAGAGAGAAAAGACAGGGAAGAAAAUUUCUUGAGUGACUUUGACUAGCAAAUAACACAUGAGAACAAAGGGAAAGAGAGGUAUUGAAAAGCAGCCUUUUCAACUUCCUGAUUUCAUUGCUGCCACAGGAAUCGAGAAAAUCAGACAAGCUUACAUUGAAAAGGAGAAUAGUAAGAAGUUGAAACAAAAGCAACGUGAGAGAAUGCAGCCUAAAAUGGGAAAGAUGGACAUUGAUUAUCAGGAAGAACCAGUUGAUAAGACUAAGCACUGGGGUGACUUGGAGGAGGAGGAAAAGGAAGAGGAAGAAGAAGAAGAGGAGGAGGAGGAACAGAUGGCAGAAGAGGAACUUGAAGAUGGCAUUCAGUCUGUUGACAGCCUUUCAAGGUGAAAGACAUGCUUUGCUCUUUUGUGUUGAGAUUAUAGAUUCAUUUCAGGUUCAAGAGAUUCUGCCUGAAGUAUAAAGGUUACAAGUCUAUUGGUGCUAGAAACAUUGUAUGAUAGAUUUUUGUUUUAGCUAUAAGGUUGUUGGUAUUUUUAAUUUUGAAUCGGAAUAUGCAAUGAUGAUGUAUACUUGAUAUUUGGUUCAUUUGUAUAAUAAUGUAUGAAUUUCUUGGAUGAUAUAUAAUAUUGUUAUCGUUGAUUUUAUCA